AGUGACAGUUGACGUUCGACGCAGGCCAGCAGCAGCAAGAACAACAACAACAAACAUUAUGCGUAUUCCAGACGGAAUUAUCGAAAGUUUUGCUGUGAUUGUGAUUGUGUCCGACUUGGCGGGGCCUUAAUGUUCCGGAGGUCCAUGCCUAAUGCUCGAAGAAAUCGUAGAAUGAACAGAAGUAAUCAACUGUCAAAAGCUGUUGAGACAGUCGAAACCAUGGAAGAAUCCGGAGAACAAGGGACGGAAUUGGUUAGUCAUCAUGGGGUGAUCCUCAAAAGUCAUAAAAGUUAUGAUUGCGCUGGAACACUGAGUCUCAUGCAAUAUGGUCGAAACAAGUACAUAGAAUGGAAAGCAGCGGAAGUAAAUGUGGACUCAGACACACAAGAUCAUGAAUGGGCUGUAGUAAGCACUGGUCGAAGCUCUCGUCAUCGUAGCAACAGUGAAUGUGCGCGGGCUGAGCCUUUGCGACUAAAUACAGUGAAUUUGAAGAGUUUUAGAGUGUCCCGCCAUAGAUAUGGCCAACAUCUCACAUUUGCUCAAAGAGGUGAGAGUCGAUCUUUCAUAACAUUCAUAUUUCACCAAGGCAAUGCUGACGUUUUUGUAAAAUCUUUGCUGGGACAGCUUAAAGCUUACAGAUCUAGAAGAGAUCGAAACUUGUAUGAUUUAGCGGAAGAAGACAGUCAGGAAACUCAGGAGUUGAGACGGUCUUUUGCAGAGCUGAAUCUUUUCCCUGAAACAGCACCAUAUGGUGUGUGGAAUUUUAUUGGUCAAUUUCGACAGCGGCCAUAUGAAGCUACUAUGGGCGCAUUUAGCAAAAUUACUGAUGCAUUAUUGUAUAAGCCUGCUGAAAACGAUGAUAGUAGUGUGGCAGAAUUACUCAACAACUCACUAAUGGAAGAAGAUGCAGUAAUUGCUAAUGUUAGUGGUGAAGAGUAUGAAGUCAUAGGAAGCAAAGCAACUCCUAUUUUACCCUCAAGACCACCUGUCACCCGGGGGGCUCCACUCUCUGUUGAAAGAUGGGCACAGGCAACUGCUGAAGAUGGAAGAGUAACAGAUGUGACAGCCAUAAAAAAGAUUAUAUUUCAUGGUGGUGUGAAUCCAUCUCUGAGAUAUGAAGUGUGGAAGUUUCUCCUUGGAUAUUACUCCUGGAAUUCUACUUAUGCAGAAAGAAUGUGUCUUCGUAAAUCCAAAGUUGAAGAAUAUUACCAAAUGAAACAGCAGUGGAAAAGCAUGACCCCUGGGCAAGAAGAAAGAUUUUCAGACUUUAGAGACCGAAAAAGUCUCAUUGAUAAAGAUGUCAAAAGAACAGAUAGAGUUUUGUCAUUCUAUGCCGGGGAUGACAAUCCUAAUGUUGACCUGUUGAACAGCAUCCUCAUGACCUAUGUCAUGUACAAUUUUGAUUUAGGCUAUGUGCAGGGUAUGAGUGACUUGCUCUCCCCUCUACUACAGUUGAUGUCAAAUGAGGCUGAUGCAUUUUGGUGCUUUGUUGGUUUUAUGGAUCGUACUUGUACCAAUUUUGAUAUGGAUCAAGCAGGUAUGAAACUGCAAUUGACGCAGUUGCACACCUUGUUGUCCAUUCUGGACCCGCAGUUCACCCAUUAUUUGGAUCAGCAUGAGUCAGGCAACAUGUUUUUCUGCUUCCGUUGGCUUCUUGUUCUUUUCAAAAGAGAAUUUACUCAGGAAAACAUCAUGCGUUUAUGGGAGGUGUUUUGGUCUGAUUUGCCUUGUCCAAACUUUCAUCUGCUGUUUUGUGCUGCAAUUCUGGACUCUGAGAAAGAAACACUUUAUGCUAAUAACUCUGGCUUCACUGAAAUAUUAAAGCAUGUGAAUGAUCUCUCCUUAAAAAUUGAUCUGGACAGCACAUUGUCUAAGGCAGAAGGAUUGUACUUACAGCUGAUGAAUAUUGAAAGUGAAUUGCCUGAUUCUGUAAGAACAAUAAUUGGUUUGGAGCCAUUAAAUCCUGUUGACGGUGACUCUGAAAAUGACAGCAUCGAGGAUGAUGAUGGUGACUGUAGCAACCACACAGAGCAUGACUCAUCGAUUGAAACUGUGAGUUUAGGGGCAUUGGGGGGCGAAGUGGCUUUUGAACGAGGUAUAAAUUUUCAGUACAUGUAACUAAUUGUUGAUGGUAGGUUACUAAGAUCUAUUCUGUUUGCAUGAAUUAGUUCCCUUCCUAUUCCUACCAAUUUACAUUUUUGUUUUAUAUUGAUCUUUGUAGAUUUAGAUAACAUGAAAUUGGGGAGGUAUUCAACUUUCUUAUGGAAGAAGCAAUUAUAGAAAUUCAGUGAAUUAUCAUGUUUUGUGGAGGAUGAAAGACUUCUAUACUUCAUUUUGCCCGUAAACUCUGUGAUCACAUCCUCUGUUUGCAACACCAGCACUAAUAUUUUGUACAUGUUUAUAUUGUGAUAUUAAAUAAAACCCCUGAAUAAAAUAAAA